AUCGUCACGUUUUUUUCUUUUUUCUUUUUUUUCUCUCGUGGCCAUUACGGAGAACAUACAUUUUUUUUCAUGUGUGCACUGGGGCAGGUUUCGACAUUUUAAUGGGAGGCGGCGGCUCGCUUUGGACGAGUGGACUUUAUUGCGGGCGCCAGUUGCGAAGAAGAAAGCGGGGGUCCUGGCUCCUCCUCCUACUACUACUACCUCUCGGGCUCACCAGAUGGAGUCUCUGGCCGGCUACGUGUACAAGGCGGCCAGCGAAGGUCGAGUCUUGACGCUGGCCGCGCUGCUCCACAACCACCCGGAGGCGGAGGUCCGGUACAUGCUGAGCCACGUGACCCACGUGGCCGGCCAGAGGUCCACGCCUCUGAUCAUCGCGGCCCGGAACGGACACGACAAAGUGGUCCGGCUGCUCGUGGACCACUACAAGGUGGACACGGAACAGACCGGCACGGUGCGGUUCGACGGCUACGUCAUCGACGGGGCCACGGCGCUGUGGUGCGCGGCAGGUGCCGGUCACUUCGAGGUGGUGCGCCUGCUGCUGAGUCACCGCGCCAACGUCAACCACACCACCAUCACCAACUCCACCCCGCUGCGGGCCGCCUGCUUCGACGGGCGUCUGGACAUCGUCCACUACCUGGUGGAGCACAACGCCGACAUCCGCAUCACCAACAAGUACAACAACACCUGCCUGAUGAUCGCCGCCUACAAGGGCCACGCCGACGUGGUCCAGUUCCUGCUGGAGCAAGGGGCCGACCCCAACUCCAAGGCCCACUGCGGGGCCACCGCGCUGCACUUCGCCGCCGAGGCGGGCCACCUGGAAAUCGUGAAGGAGCUGGUGCGAUGCCGGGCGGGCAUGGUGGUGAACGGACACGGCAUGACGCCGCUGAAGGUGGCGGCGGAGAGCUGCAAAGCGGACGUGGUGGAGCUGCUGCUGGCGCACGCCGACUGCGACCCGCGCAGCCGCAUCGAGGCCCUGGAGCUGCUGGGUGCCUCGUUCGCCAACGACCGGGAGAACUACGACAUCCAGAGGACGUACCACUACCUCCACAUGGCCAUGACGGAGCGCCACCGCGACCCGGAACGCGUCGUCGCCAAGGAGCUGCUGCCGGCCAUCGAGGCCUACGGCGGGCGCAGCGAGUGCCGGACUCCUCAAGAGCUGGAGGCCAUCCGGGUGGACCGGGACGCCCUGCACAUGGAGGGCCUGAUGAUCCGGGAGCGGGUCCUGGGCUCGGACAACAUCGACGUGUCGCACCCCAUCAUCUACCGCGGCGCCGUCUACGCCGACAACAUGGAGUUUGAGCAGUGCAUCAAGCUGUGGCUUCACGCGCUGCGCCUGCGGCAGAAGGGCAACCGCAACACGCACAAGGACCUGCUGCGCUUCGCCCAGGUGUUCUCCCAGAUGGUGCACCUGAAGGAGCCGGUGCUGGCCUCGGCGGUGGAGCAGGUGCUGAGCUGCAGCGUGCUGGAGAUCCAGCGCAGCAUGGCACGCGUGGACACGGCGGUCGAGUCGGAGCUGCCGCAGGCCCUGGACAACUACGAGUCUAACGUGUUCACCUUCCUGUACCUGACCUGCAUCUCCACCAAGACCACCUGCGGCAACGAGGGGCGUGCCCGCAUCAACAAGCACAUCUACGACCUGAUCCAGCUGGACCCACGGUCCCGCGAGGGCUCCUCCCUGCUCCACCUGGCCAUCAGCUCCAGCACGCCGGUGGACGACUUCCACACCAACGACGUGUGCAGCUUCCCCAGCGCCCAGGUCACCAAGCUGCUGCUGGACUGCGGCGCGCAGGUCAACGCCGUGGACCACGAGGGCAACACGCCGCUGCACGUCAUCGUCCAGUACAACCGGCCCAUCAGCGACUUCCUCACGCUGCACGCCAUCAUCAUCAACCUGGUGGAGGCCGGCGCCCACACGGACAUGACCAACAAGCAGAAGAAGACGCCGCUGGACAAGAGCACCACGGGCGUGUCGGAGAUCCUGCUGAAGACGCAGAUGAAGAUGAGCCUCAAGUGCCUGGCGGCGCGCGCUGUCCGCCAGCACCAGAUCACGUACCGCAACCAGAUCCCCAAAACGCUGGAGGAGUUUGUGGAGUUCCACUGAAAGACGGAUACUUUUAGAAAAAUAUUUUUUUUAUCAUUUUCUAACAAAUCCAAACGGUGCUUAGGAUGACGGUUCAGCUCCGGAAGUUCUUUGAGCAGUUUUAUAAAACAGUGGGUUUCUUUUGUUUCUAUUUUAAGUAUUAAUUGCUAAGAAGCAGCAACCGCAGACGUCUGCCCGUCUGUCUCUCUGUCUGUCUGUCUGUCCAUCUGUCUCACAGCAAAGGAAACUGGUAAAGAGACGGCGGCGGCGCUGCUUCCUGUUUUGCCUUAUCUCCGUGACGAUGGAGCCGCCAUCUUACUGUGAUGCUGAGUGAAUGAGAGACGAACGAUGACCUCACACAUUCUUUUAUUGUGAAAGGAUGGUUUCACUGGAACCAGCACGGCUCUGAGUUCUUCUACUUUAUAUUAAAUGGUUUGCUGGUAACAAUUAUUUCUGAAAGUCGUUUUUCUCUAAAAUUCACUAAAUGGCCCAAAAUAUGCCGACAAGCUCGUCCUGGUAUGUCCGUGUCCUUGAGGACAUCUUGAGGACGUUAUCUCUCGUUUUAAAGGCUCCAAACUAUUUAGUAUUUCACAAGAAAAGAGAAAUAAUAAUAAUUAUUAUUCAGCUUUAUUGCAACAGUUUUGGGCUUCGUCUCUUUUUAAAAAAGAAAAACUAAAUUUUUCGGGUGUCCGCAUACUUUUGGCCGCGUAGUGUUUGAACCUUAAAAACAAACCAAAUAUUCAGUGAUUGAUUGCUGCAUGAGCUUUUAUUUUCAAAACCUGUAUCCGAGGACAGGAGCACAGAACUAUGAAUGUUGAAAUCUUUUUAUUGAAUAAUCAGUUUUAAUAAUCGCUGAAGUCGAGGACGACGUCGGCCGAUCUCGUUUUGGUCGUUUAAAGAAAACCAUGAAGAGAUUUUAAAGUCUUUGUGACUUUCUGUUAUUUCUGGAUGAAUCGUUUUUUUAAAGCAUAAAGAACGAGUUAUUUUAAAUGAUUGGGCUUCUGUGACUUCACAUUAUUCUACUUAACUCUUAUUUAUUGGCUGCGAGUGACCUCACGUCCCUGAUGAUGAGUUCUGCUGUUUUAUUGUGAAGGAGUAGUUGUGGUUCUGCUGGUCUGGACAUGUUGGACCUGGGAAGACUUCUGCUGUUUGUGCCUCGUGGAUUUCCAGAUUUAACCAUCUGACUAGAAGAGAUCUUUAACGCACAUAGAGAGGUUUUAGAGACGGACGCAGCUGAAGAUGAGAUGAUUUAAAUGAUGAGAAACCAGAAGAAGUGAUGCACAGGAAACCUUCUGGAAGAGUCCGUUUCUUUUAACGUGAUGCUUUUGAUGAAAGUCGACGGUUAAAAGAAGAACUUUGACUUCCCGUCUCAUCGGUGCUGAAGAUGUACAGCGUGUGAGAAGCUUCCAGACGUGUUGAGGAUUAAUGUGACGGGUUGAAUGCUGAGUCUCUUCACUGCUCUGAGAGAAACGUCCUCUUACUCGCCAGGGUUCAGGGUCAGAAGCUCGUUCAUCUUUACAUGAAACAGGAAACGUCUUCAUCUUCUCCUCCGUCGCUGAUGAAAGGAGCUUCUUCACUUCGGGGGCGGUUUGUUCUCGUUGGUUCUUCCUUCUAUUCCAUCAGCCUGCAGACGUUCUGGUGAAGCGUACACAGAGAACAUCAGGACGUCUCAGCAUGACCACCAACGCUUAUUUAACAGGUUUGUUUCUUCCUGAACAAACGCAGCAUAAAUGCAACACAGUCAUUUUGACUUGUCUGACUUUUUCCGUGAACAUGUAAACGCAGCGUGUGAGGAGUCUGAGCUCAGUGUGUUGAUCCAGCAUGAGGUCAGAGGGCUGUAAGGGGUUGAGGUGACGAUGAUGUGCCAUUCAGAUGCUCAUUUUAUAUUUCUGUGUGUCUAACGCUGCAGGAGUCGUGACUUCUGUCCUGGUGGAGCUGGAAACAUGUUUUAUUUUUUUCUGUGGCUGAAAAGAAGCCAAAGAUUCUCGUGUGUUGAUUCAAACUUCAGAGGAUGUCAGGUGUGAUGUCACUUCCUGCAGAAUGAAUGCUGUCAAAUUAAAAGUCUUCUGUUUGCGUUCACUGGCGUCCUUCAUUCUCUCUCCACUGAGGCUUCACCACCAGAGUUUACUCUCUGUCAGCGAGGUCACAGCCCCGAAUCUAAGAAGGAUCUGAUUGGCUGUUUGUGGAGGGAACCAUUGAUGAUGACUUCCUGUUCAUCGUCCAUGCAGAACUCUAUUAAGAUAUGUGAGCAGACUAGUAGACACACGGACUAGACCAAUAGGUCAAUAACAGGUAGAGGAAUAUAUAUUAUAUAAUAUACAAAUAGUACUACGUCAGUCAGUAAAAGAUGUCUUUAAAGUCUAAAGAGACUUUAACUAUGAACCAGAAGGUAAAGGAGCUGAAGACAAAGCCUCAAAAACAUUCUCUGUUCACCAAAAGUUGAGCAACUCAGCAACAGAGGCUUCGUUUAGAGCAGCUCAUCCUAACACACAGAAAACUACAACUAUGGCGUCAGUAGAGUGGCUAAGUCCCGCCCCUUCUGGUGUCCCCCAUGGGACCUUAUUUCAGAGACAAUAUGGACGAGAGUCAACAGCGAGAGACAUAUUCUCUGGAUCUGUUUGAAUUGUUCCAUGAAUUACAAAUGUUUGAUCAUUUAAAAGAUAAUUCUGUAAGUUAAAGUCUCAGUUUGUCGUAUUAUUUAGUUUUGUGAAAACUACGUCUCAUCUCUCAACAGCAACAUGGCCGUUAGCUUGGCUAGCUAGCUAGCUUAGCUGAUAUCAAUGUUCCCACAGCUGUCCUGAGUCUGUGAUUGGAUGAAGACACUGAGGUCUUGUCCUCUGAGAUAUUAAAGGCUGAUUCUUUAAACAGGGUGAGACGAACACAUCUGUGAACAUCAACACUUUUUAAGUAAAAGGGUUGAAUAGACAAACAGACUGCACACUUCCACCUGAGAAGACGUCCAAUCAGCCACAUGGACACAGCUGUGUGUGUCCACUGGGUUUGUCUCUGAGUGGAAAAAGACAGGCAGGACAUGCAAAGACUUGAUGUUUAAGUUCUAAUAAGUUUAGCA